CUUUUUACUUCCGUUCUUCAUCUCUAAGAUCCCAUGUCUAAUCAUGGAUGGAUUUACAGAAGCCCUGAGCGACGAACCUAAGGUUCCAACAAAACGGAAUAGACCGGGUUCGCCAGACAGUACGCAUUCGAGAUCUUCCUCUCUAUCUAAGAACUCACUGCAGGAUCGCCUAUUUACAAAGCUUCUCCAACAAGUCAUCCCAACAGACGAUGAGGAUGAAACCGAUUCAUUGGGAGACAAGGCCUUUGCCUCUCCUAAGAAACCGGCUUUCAGUUUGCCUGUAAUGGCAAAUAAUUUCCGCCGCUUUAAUGCAAGAAUCGGUGUGGUAUUUCUAUUCCAGAGCCGUGUUGAGCAACUAUUCACUUGGGAUACACCAACCCAUACCAUCUCUUUCCUUUUUGUCUACUCUUUCAUCUGCUUGGAACCUCAUCUCCUUUUGGUUUUGCCCCUAGUGGUUCUCUUGCUCUUUAUAAUGGUGCCGGCCUUUGCGACUCGUCACCCACCACCUCCAAACACCUCGACGUCCAGCACUACUCCUUACUACUCCUAUGAUGGACCAGCCCUGGCACCAGCGACAACUAUUAAGCCAGCGCCAGAGACUUCCAAAGAUUUCCUUCGGAACAUGCGGGAUCUACAGAAUUGCAUGGCUGAUUUCUCAGACGCUCACGAUGCGGCUAUCUCUGUUGUUGCGCCGCUAACGAAUUUCUCCAAUGAGAAGCUCUCCUCAACUCUAUUUCUCGGAUGCACGAUUGCUAUAGUAGUAUUGUUUAUCAGUGCGCACCUGCUGCCCCUCAAAAUUGUGCUGCUUGUUGGCGGCAAUGCGGCGAUUCUCUCCAUCCACCCAACGGUGGGGCAAUUCCUCUCCGGUCUAAUGCAAGAUAUGACUGGAGAUUCCUUAGAUGCAGGUUCGGAUGAGACUGAUGGGUUCGCCUCAUCGGUCCCUGCAGACCCAUCUGCAGCGAUGUCGGCCAUGGAAAAGCUCGCAGAUAUCUCCUUGGACACAUAUCCCGAAGAGCGGGAGGUGGAAAUUUUUGAGCUACAGCAUCGGGCCGCAGGAACCUCAGAGUCUGGGUGGGAGAGCUUCCUGUUCAGCCACGCGCCAUACGACCCGCUAUCACCAUCUCGAAUUGCCGGGGACCGCCCUCGUGGAUGCCGAUUUUUUGAGGAUGUCCGUGCCCCGCGUGGCUGGGCUUGGAAGAGCAAGAAGUGGGAACUCGACCUGGACUGCCGUGAAUGGGUGGUGGAGCGCAUGAUCACCAGCGUUGGGUUCGAGGUCCCAGGCGUAAAUGCCGAAGGCAACGCCAUCGUCGGAGAAGUUGGCGGUUGGGUUUGGGACUUGCCUCCAACUCGACAGGAGUCAGAUGAUGAUUUGACGCUAGCCUACGGAGACCUGCAUGAGUCACCAUCUCCCAAAGAAACCAAGAGCAAGGAGAAGGAAAAGGCGAAAUCACGGGAUUGGGAGGAAGGGACUGCAUCCUACGGAGUGGGAGAAUGGAGACGCCGACGAUGGGUACGAGUGGUGCAACGAAUAAGCCUUCCGCCGGCGGGGGUUGUCACCUACUCGACGCUCAGUAGUAAUAGCUAAAGGAAACACGAG